CUUGCCCGAGGCGUCAGCGAUACAGUUACAACGCAGAGAAUGCGGAGAGGAAGACCAUACGGAGAAUGGUAGCUCGUUCAGAAGCAAACCGAGAUCCGCUACUUUUAGUACCGCUUCUUCCCGGCGCCCUCAGACACCAGGGUCGACGUUUUUCGAGUAUGGAGAAGCUGUGGCUCAUGAGCCACUGGAGGCUCCUGCUCCUGCUUUCAUUCAGCGAAGAUCCAGAAGUCGAACACUAUACUAGCACACGGCUGCCUGGUUUCGACUCUCCCUCUGCACGACGCGGACUCGAGAUGUCCCGCAGGUCUUUGUAUAGAGGAGGUCCUUAUGACAGCUGGUCAAUCCUGGCCGGUGGAAUGCCCAACUUUCAGAGAUUCAGAGGAGAAAAUGAUCACCAUCGGCCCAACCUCUCCGGCUGCUACAAGGAGCACAGUCUAACGUGGUCCGAUGGAGUGCCGACAUCCUCCUUCCGAGAGACAGUUCCUUCCGGUACCCACUUUCCAGAUGCCUCAUCUGAGGAGAAGGGAAAAAAAUUCUUUCUGGUUGUUAUGGUUUUGACUAUCAUCUUCCCGCCUGUGGGCAUACUUGCACUCUCGGGUGUUUUCGACUCGACCAUCUCGUGGUGCACGCAUGGCGAACUAUCUGCUUUUACUGUUGACCAGCGAGGCACACUGAAGCAACAACUUAUUGUGGAGGCGAUCCUCUAUCCUGUGCUCAUCAUCGCUUUGGCCGUAUCUUAUUCUCUCUCUGGC